CUCACAGGGUGUGUCGGGUUUGGUUCCAGCCUAGAACUAUCACACAUAAUAGUGAUGAUUAGACUACAGUAGGCUAAUAAUAGUUUAGAGGUAACGUGAGCCCAUAAUAUACUUUAUUGUUUCAUUCUCAGCCAUUUUCAGACACACAUUCAUGUUUGCAGUGGCAAGAAAAAACGUCGAACUACGAUGUGCUAUUGGUGGAAGUUCUUCCCAUGUGAUUGAUGUUCAAUUUUCUUGUUGUCGGACGGUCUCUGCGCUAAUGGCUCCUCCUGCAAUAGCAAAACGCAGCUGAGCAAGGGUUGCAGGGGCAACGCAAAUAUAUACAUUGUUUUCUCAAGCCGCAGGAAAGGGGUGACUUAUUGAGCAAUGUUUAAGAAAAAAACAUUUUAGAUUGCGUGCUUAGACGUCGUUCCAACUGCAGCGAAGGGUUCGGUUUUUCUUUUAAAUUCUAAAUACCCCAAAUGAACUCCGUCAGAGCAACCAGCAGAAGACCCAGGCGAGUGUCGAGGCCGCGCCCGGUACAGCCGGAAAGGAACAACCAGGAAAGAGAUGAGGACGUCCCUGCAGAUAUGGUUGCAGAAGAAUCAGGUCCAGGAGCUCAGAAUAGUCCGUACCAACUUCGAAGAAAGUCUCUACUACCCAAGAGAACAGCAGCGUGUCCAGCAAAGACUAACAUGGAGGGUGCUUCCACUUCAGCCACAGAAGACUUUGGCCAUCGGGCAAAACGUGCCAGAGUGUCAGGAAAGUCUCAAGAUUUACCAGCAGCGCCUGCGGAGCACUACCUCGAGGAGAAGCUGCCAGACGAGGUGGUUCUGAAGAUCUUCUCCUACCUGCUGGAGCAGGACCUGUGUCGCGCAGCAUGUGUCUGCAAACGCUUCAGUGAACUGGCCAAUGAUCCCAUCCUCUGGAAGAGGCUGUACAUGGAUGUGUUUGAGUACACGCGUCCCAUGAUGCACCCUGAGGCGGGGAAGUUCUUCCAGAUUAACCCAGAGGAGUACGAGCAGCCCAACCCAUGGAAAGAGAGCUUUCAGCAGCUGUAUAAAGGAGCACACGUGAAGACAGGCUUCGCAGAACACUUCUACAGUAAUCCUGCCAGAUACAAAGGAAGAGAGAACAUGCUUUACUAUGACACCAUAGAGGAUGCACUGGGGGGUGUUCAGGAGGCCCACUUUGACGGCCUCAUAUUCGUCCACUCAGGGGUCUACACUGACGAGUGGAUCUACAUAGAGUCACCCAUCACAAUGAUCGGAGCUGCACCUGGUAAAGUAGCGGACAAAGUGAUCAUUGAGAACACCAGAGACUCCACCUUUGUCUUCAUGGAGGGCUCAGAGGACGCGUACGUUGGCUACAUGACCAUCAAGUUUAAUCCUGACGAUAAGUCUGCCCAGCACCACAACGCCCACCACUGUCUGGAGAUUACAGUCAACUGCAGCCCCAGCAUUGACCACUGUAUCAUACGCAGCACUUGCACAGUGGGCUCAGCGGUCUGUGUGAGCGGCCAGGGAGCUUGUCCCACCAUUAAACACUGCAACAUCAGCGACUGUGAGAACGUGGGGCUUUACAUUACCGACCAUGCACAGGGUAUCUAUGAGGACAACGAGAUCUCCAACAACGCUCUGGCUGGGAUCUGGGUGAAAAACCAUGGCAACCCCAUCAUCAGACGGAACCACAUCCACCACGGCAGAGACGUGGGCGUCUUCACUUUCGACCACGGCAUGGGCUACUUUGAGAGCUGCAAUAUCCACAGGAACCGCAUAGCUGGCUUCGAGGUGAAGGCGUACGCCAACCCCACGGUGGUGCGCUGUGAGAUCCACCACGGACAGACGGGAGGGAUCUACGUGCACGAGAAGGGCCGAGGACAGUUCAUCGAGAACAAGAUCUAUGCAAACAACUUUGCUGGAGUGUGGAUCACCUCCAAUAGUGAUCCUACAAUAAGGGGCAACGCUAUCUUCAACGGUAACCAGGGUGGAGUUUACAUAUUCGGUGAUGGGCGAGGCCUCAUCGAGGGGAACGACAUCUACGGUAACGCCUUGGCAGGGAUCCAGAUCAGGACAAACAGCUGCCCCAUCGUACGACACAACAAGAUCCACGACGGACAGCAUGGGGGCAUCUAUGUGCAUGAAAAGGGACAGGGGGUGAUAGAGGAGAACGAGGUGUACAGCAACACGCUGGCAGGAGUCUGGGUGACUACAGGAAGCACACCUGUCCUCAGGAGGAACAGGAUACAUAGUGGGAAACAGGUUGGUGUCUACUUCUAUGACAACGGCCAUGGAGUGUUGGAGGACAAUGAUAUCUACAACCACAUGUACUCUGGAGUUCAAAUCAGAACUGGCAGCAAUCCCAAAAUCAGACGGAACAAGAUCUGGGGAGGUCAAAAUGGAGGCAUUCUGGUUUACAACUCAGGUUUGGGCUUCAUCGAGGACAAUGAGAUUUUUGACAAUGCCAUGGCGGGGGUGUGGAUAAAGACGGACAGCAACCCCACUCUCCGAAGGAAUAAGAUCCACGACGGGAGAGACGGAGGCAUCUGUAUAUUCAACGGAGGACGAGGUUUACUGGAGGAGAACGAUAUCUUCAGGAACGCCCAGGCAGGGGUCCUAAUCAGCACCAACAGCCACCCUGUCCUGAGGAAGAACAGAAUAUUUGACGGCUUCGCUGCAGGUAUUGAGAUCACCAAUCAUGCCACGGCAACCCUGGAGGGCAAUCAGAUCUUCAAUAACCGCUUUGGAGGGUUGUUUCUCGCAUCUGGUGUCAACGUUACAAUGAAAGAUAACAAAAUAAUGAACAAUCAAGAUGCCAUUGAAAAAGCUGUGAGCAGAGGUCAGUGCCUGUACAAGAUUUCAAGUUACACCAGCUAUCCAAUGCACGAUUUUUACAGGUGUCACACCUGUAACACAACAGACCGCAACGCCAUCUGUGUGAACUGCAUCAAGAAGUGCCACCAGGGGCACGACGUAGAGUUCAUUAGGCAUGAUAGAUUUUUCUGUGACUGUGGAGCCGGGACGUUGUCAAACCCCUGCACGCUAGCCGGAGAGCCCACGCAUGACACAGACACACUGUACGACUCAGCCCCUCCUAUAGAGUCCAAUACGCUGCAACACAACUGAGCUGGACCCCGCCCCCCCCUUCAGACACUUCCAGGCCUUUUCCCUAUAUAGUGCACUACUUUUGACUCAAACCCUAUGCUGGCCCAGGUCAAAACUAGUGCACUAUAGGGAAUAGGGUGUCAUUUUGGACAGAGACUCCUGUUUGCUCAGCUAACUAGUCCACCUACGGGGAGGAUGAAAAAUACAAACUUAUAAAUAUCACAAUGUAAAUAAAUAUGGGGAAAAUGGAUGUCGUGAUGGACAAAGACAAGCUGAAAGGAGACAUGACAUUUCUGCUGUGGAUGCACUGACUGCCUGCACCGCUUCUCCCUUUAUUUUCCUUCCCAGCAACAUGGUGACGAGGAGGCAAUGGGACUUGGUCGGUGAUGAAUGGGUAUUCUUAUUCCCUUCAUAGGGCACUACUUUUGACCAGAGCCAGUAUUAGGGUCCUAGUCAAAAGUACCCUAUGAACUGAAGUGUGCCAUGUCAGAUAUGGACUCAGUUGUGGAUGGACGCUAGACAUUUUAAUGCCCCUCCCUUUCUUGGCAAAGUGGGCAAGUGAAGUCACUGCAGUUAUUGUACAGAGCCAUACGAGGAACUAGUUCCUCAGGCAGAGGCAGCGCCUCGCCACACACUGCUUCUGUCUCUGGCAGCAAACAGUUGUGCUGGUAUAUGUAUGGUUACAGAAAAAAAAUGACCUAGCACUUCGGGGUUUUUUAAGAAAAAGAUUUUAAAAUGCUUUUCUCGUAGUUUUGUAUUUUCAUGCAGAAAUGUUACUGUACUUGAAUGUCUUAGUUUUUUUUGGUUUUACCCCCCGUGGACUUGGAAUGUCACAGUAUCUACAUUCUUUCUGUGAAAGAAAACAAAGCAACAUUUUCUCCAGCAAUGUUGACUAUUUUAAGAGACUUAAGAAAAGCUGCGAAAAAUACAUUGGUCUUGUUAACCUUUAGAAUUGAUCUAGAACUGUGGCCAUUUUUGUUUUGACUCUUUGAACACACAAAUACAUUUGUCUGCAAUAUGGAGUUAAGGAACCAUGAAUGCUUCGCUACACAUUUCCUGUUAUUUGGACCACACUGGAGGUAAACCUCUGUAUGAAUGACAAAAGUAUUAAGGGCUGGAUUCAAUCGGUAUCUUACGCGUCAGCGGUAAAAUGGAAAGGACAUUUCUGACUGAGCCGACCUGCAGCGUUUACCGAUGACAUUGAGCUAUAAUGCAGAUCUUCUGCGAUACUGACUGAAUCCAGCCCUAAGUCUUGUGAACUCACAGCUUUUCUAGCCUGGUCCCAGAGCUGCCUCAAACUGAUCUGAGCCCAGGUUAAGGCAAAUAUUUUCACAUUGGAGUAAAGCAUUGCCAGAGAUCCUUUUCUAAAAUAAAGCUCUUAAAUAUAACCAGUAUAUGGUUAUUGCUUUCCCAUUCAUGUGUUUCGGUGACUGUGGGUUCUCAAACAGCCAGAAUUGUAUGCAUGUACCAUAACAUCUAGACUUAAUAUAUUGUGGAGUAUUCAAUAACCAUUUUGUAGAUGCUAGUGUGAAUUAAAAGGGUUUAAUUUCCUAGA